GAAAUGAGCUGCCUUGGGAAGUGAUGAGUUCCCUUUCACUAGAGUUCUUCAGAUUGAGGAUGGUGAGAUGAUCACUUGUUAGACACAGAGAAGAUGAGCACGGAGUAAGGCGGCAGGCAUCCCCUUCCCCAGCUCUCCCUCCUUCCCACCAUGAGCCACGUGGGAGGACCGCCAGACGUGGAGGUGAUCGAUGAGCCUGGGAGCGGAGAAUCGGGAGAAGUGAACGAAUCCGUGGAGGCCGACCUGGAGCACCCCGAGGUGGAGGAGGAGCAGCGGCCGCGGCCGCAGCCCCAGCAUGCAGCCCCUUACCCUCGCGGCCCCACUAGGGGGGUGCGCGACCCCCAGCCCGCCCAGGGGCCGGAGGAGGAGGACCGAGGGGGCUCGCUGGCCCGCUCGGCCAGCACGGAGAGCGGCUUCCACAACCACACGGACACGGCCGAGGGGGACGUGAUCGCCGCGUCCCGUGAGGACGGCUACGACCCCGAGCGGGGCCAGGAGAACGAGGACGAGAGCGCCUACGCCGUGCAAUACCGACCCGAGGCCGAGGAGUACACAGAGAACGCCGAGGCCGAGCAUGCCGAAGCCACUCAUCGCCGGAGCCUGCCCAACCACCUGCACUUCCACUCCCUGGAGCACGAGGAGGCCAUGAACGCCGCCUACUCGGGCUACGUCUACACGCACCGGCUCUUCCAUCGCGGCGAGGACGAACCCUAUGCGGAGCCCUACGCGGACUAUGCGGGGCUGCAGGAGCACGUGUACGAGGAGAUCGGGGACACGGCGGAGCUAGACGGACGCGACGGCCUGCGGCUCUACGAGCAAGAGCGCGAGGAGGCGGACAACUACCGCAAAGAGGCACUGGGGGCGCGUCUGCACCACUAUGACGAGCGCUCAGACGGCGAGUCUGACAGCCCCGAGAAGGAGGCGGAGUUCGCCCCCUACCCGCGCAUGGACAGCUACGAGCAGGAGGAGGACAUCGACCAGAUUGUGGCCGAGGUCAAACAGAGCAUGAGCUCCCAGAGCCUCGACAAAGCCUCUGAGGACAUGCCCGAGGCCGAGCAGAAUUUGGACAGGGCGCCCAGCCCGGAAGGCGGCUGCGGCGACGCAGGGCAGCCGGGGAGCCCUGGGCAGCCUGCCCCCGUAGGACCCCGACCCGCCGGCCACGCCGGUGAUGCCGGGCAGCAGCGCUACAGCAAGGAAAAGAGGGAUGCCAUCUCACUGGCCAUCAAGGACAUUAAGGAGGCCAUCGAGGAGGUGAAAACCAGGACCAUCCGUUCGCCUUACACUCCAGAUGAGCCAAAAGAGCCCAUUUGGGUCAUGCGGCAGGACAUCAGUCCCACUAGGGACUGUGAUGACCAGAGGCCAGCAGAUGGAGAUUCUCCAUCUCCUGAUUCUUCCUCUCCCCGGGGUGCUGAAUCGUCCAGCAGACAGCAUCAUCAAGAUGACCUGGCAGAAUCCUCCAGUAACAAAGAGUCAAGGAAAAGCUUGGCUUCAUUCCCAACGUACGUUGAAGUUCCAGGACCUUGUGAUCCUGAAGACUUGAUCGAUGGCAUCAUUUUUGCAGCCAAUUACCUUGGCUCCACUCAGCUGCUUUCUGACAAAACCCCCUCCAAGAAUGUUCGAAUGAUGCAGGCACAGGAAGCAGUAAGCCGAAUCAAGAUGGCCCAGAAAUUAGCCAAAAGCAGGAAGAAGGCUCCCGAAGGAGAAUCUCAGCCCAUGACAGAAGUGGAUCUCUUCAUCUCUACCCAGAGAAUAAAAGUCUUGAAUGCAGAUACACAGGAAACAAUGAUGGAUCACCCUCUGAGGACCAUUUCCUACAUUGCAGACAUUGGGAAUAUUGUCGUGCUGAUGGCCCGCAGGCGAAUGCCUCGUUCCAAUUCCCAAGAUAACGUGGAAGCCUGUCAUCCAUCCCAGGAUGGGAAGAGGCAAUACAAAAUGAUCUGUCAUGUCUUUGAAUCUGAGGAUGCCCAGCUGAUUGCCCAGUCCAUUGGUCAAGCCUUUAGUGUGGCCUACCAGGAAUUCCUCAGGGCAAAUGGAAUCAACCCGGAAGAUCUCAGCCAGAAGGAAUACAGUGACCUACUCAACACCCAAGACAUGUACAAUGAUGACCUGAUCCACUUCUCCAAGUCUGAAAAUUGCAAAGAUGUUUUUAUAGAGAAGCAAAAGGGUGAAAUCCUGGGUGUGGUGAUUGUGGAGUCUGGCUGGGGAUCCAUCUUGCCAACAGUGAUUAUAGCCAACAUGAUGCAUGGAGGACCAGCAGAGAAAUCAGGAAAACUAAAUAUCGGGGACCAAAUCAUGUCCAUUAAUGGCACAAGCCUUGUUGGCCUCCCUCUUUCCACUUGUCAGAGCAUUAUUAAGGGUUUAAAGAAUCAGUCUCGAGUGAAGCUGAACAUUGUGAGGUGCCCCCCAGUCACCACUGUGUUGAUCAGAAGACCAGACCUCCGAUACCAGCUGGGUUUCAGUGUCCAGAAUGGAAUCAUUUGCAGCCUCAUGCGAGGAGGGAUAGCAGAGCGGGGCGGAGUUCGAGUAGGACAUCGAAUCAUUGAAAUCAAUGGACAGAGUGUUGUAGCCACACCGCACGAGAAGAUUGUUCACGUUCUCUCUAAUGCUGUUGGGGAGAUUCACAUGAAAACAAUGCCAGCCGCCAUGUACAGAUUAUUGACGGCCCAAGAGCAGCCUGUUUACAUCUGAGACCCAUGCUCCUCACCUUCCUAACAUGCAUGAGGGCGCCUCCUCACUAGUGGCUGUGUUUCUAGUGAUGCAUAUUUGUGACCAUGGAAUCAUUUCGUUUGCACUCUCUCUCACACACAACGUUUUGUCACACACCAGAAGAAAAGUAUCCAUGAGGACCCCUUUUUUCCUCCCUUGCUCCAUCUUUCCCCCAAGUUCCCGUCCCUGAAUAUAAGUGAUGUUUUAAUGUGUGUAGUUCCUUGCAGAAGGGAGAGCUGCCCAGAUCUUCCCAGCAAACUUACCUGCAAAUGAAUCUUGUGGAGAGUGUAUGUUUGGCACUUUCAGCAUGCCUGGCAUCCUGGAAGGGGUGGAGAACAGAAGGGAGAACUAGCUUUCCUGUGGAGUCCAGACCUUUAUCAAAUGGGGGUGAUGGUGGGAGCUGAAAAAUCCAGCGGCUUAAAGUUCUUUGGUGCUCAUGUUCUCUCCUUUCUGUACCUAUGUUGGGACAAGAUAGGGUAUGGGGAACUAAACAAGACAUCUAAAGAUUUUGAUUGACCAAAGUAGAUCGAGGGCUUAACUCUCUUCACUACUUCCUCACAGAGUUCCUGAGCAGGUUUCAAACAUAUUCCAUGUUUGGUCUUUAAUUUGCAAUAUGUUUAUUUACUCUAAAUAUAGAUAUUAAAAGGCCACUGGCAUUUAAAUAAAGAAGGAGGGGCAGGAACAGUGACGUUUUGAAAGCGGUUAUAAUGGCCUUGCAGAUAGUUCAAGAUGAGUCAGGCCCGCUAAGUUUACAUAGACUCUUCCCGUGUCACUAGCCAAUGAAUCCCAAAAGGGGUCAUAUAUGGCCUUUCUAUUACACUCCAUUUCAUCCAUCUCAUUCCACCAGGGUUGUAAGCUUUAACUCUAGGUCCCCAUCUUUCAAGGGCCCACACCACUCCUAGAACGUCUUUAUCAUGUAACUCCCAUCCCUUCCUGGUCCCGACAGGGGCUGCAUGGGUUGAAAUUCCAACUUCAUUCUGUCCUUUGGGCAUGUUGCCUCAUUUUAACUGAGGUCCUUCCUAAUUUUCACACUCCCAAAUAACUUUUCCCUAGCAUUUUGACAGAGCUCUCCCAGAUUUGGUGAACUGAAGCUGCUCCCUUAGCUAGCUUGAAGACAGGGAUCCAGAAACUUAUUCUUUGGUUACCAAGGAGACCAUCCAUCUCUUCCUUUCGUAAGUUUUAAGUUCCUCUGGUCCAUAGGCUGAAGCAAGCUUCUCUUCUCCUUGGGCCCAACAAGACAUGAAUAGUCCCUGCACCACAGAAGUGAUCAUGGUGGGGACCCUAUGGCCCUGGCUGACAAGUUCUAAACUUCAUCUCCCAGCCUUGUGGAUCUGAGAGAGAGUCGACCUGGUGUUGAAUGUUCCUCAUGUUAUUCAGGUGCCUCAUAUUUAUGGACUCUUAGUUCAGCAAAGGCGUCUCAGUAAUACUGUUAUUCUGAGCCAGUUUUUACAUAUUCUUGGUCCAAAGAAUAUUUUUGAUUUCAUGUGGGGUGUACUUUUAAUUCUUUUUUUUUUUGGUUUUUGUUUUUCGGGGGGUUUUUGUCUUACUUUGUGACCUCAGUGGAAUCAGGGGGAAAAAAACUAAUAUAUUUUUAAUAUUAAUAUAAAACCCCUUUGUCCUCUGCUUUUAAGAUAUUUAUUCAUUAUGUCUGCUGACAUAGGAAUUCAAUAAGCAAACUGUGGGUAGUGGUUAUUUAUUACCAUGGAGAGAGAAGGGAAGGAAAUAAAAAUAAUAAACAUAAGAACCAAAAAACAGGCCCACAUCUCCACCAGGAGUAGAAGUUACUUCAUAAGGUCUAAUCUACUUUUCUUUGGGGCUCUAACAAUUCAGUUUCUUUCUAAAAACAGGGGAGUCCCAGAUCUUGAAAUUAUCAAAAGCUAAGUCUUCAAUUUUUGAUCACACACUUGGUGGGGAAAUGAAGCCAGACAGAUCAAGAUAAUACCCUUGGGGAAGAGAUGUGCCCUUCCUCAAUAUUAAUGCUUAAGUAAGCAGUAGGAGUCCUGAAGUCAUCUUCUACAAUUUAUACCAAAGGCCAGCCUUCGGCUAAAUUAUGAAGUAUCAAAAGUUGGUCUUCAUAGGCAUACCAUUCCUUCUCUUGCUAACAUAGCUCUCCUGUGAGGAAAGCAUUUCAUGCUAAGGUAUUAAGCUCAGGCAUCAGUGUGCAAUAGUAUCUAAGCUUGGAGUAGGGAAAGAACAAGGGGUAAGUCACAAUCCCCCAGACAGCUCUCUAAGGCAAUGUCUAGAGGAGAGUUGCUCAUUUAUAUCAGCAAAGAGUUUUCCAUGAUGGAAGUUUCUUCCUCUGAUGAAAUCACAGGCCUGAACCUCCUCACUAUUCCUCCAAAAAGGGGUUAGGGAUUUGAUAUGUUAGCUUUGGGUAGUAAUUGGAGUUUAAAUGAGAAAGACACUUUAAAAUGAAUGAAUGGAUAAUGGUAGGAUUCAAAGGUGGUGGUUUUUUGUGGGGGAAAGACCUUUCCUGAGCUUCACUCCAAGUACACCAUGGUAGGUAGUCCCCUCUUUGUGUGAGGGCUGUCCUAGCUAUGCUGGUAAAAUCGUCCUUAUUUGUUGCUACUUGAGAGAACUCUGGCUUUGGCUUUUGAUGGUGCUUAAGGAUUCUCCUGCUCCCUCACACAUCUCUUCCCCCCAGCUCUAUAUCUCAUCACCCCAACUCCUAGAACAAUGCCUUACCCAGGAUUGGCACUCAGUGAAUGUUUCAAGGGAGGAAAGGGAGAUUCCAAGGAAGGAGUGAAAAAGAAUGUAUUUUCUGCUUUUACCACUGAUAAAAUCCUGGACAAGUUUAAGAAAAGAAAUAGAAAUGGCAAACUUAGAAAAUGAGUAGACCUGGUAUGUAUUUUAACACAAGAUUAAAAUUGACUUAAUGACUCACCAUUCACAUUAAGUAAAAGUAGUCCCUUGCUGCAGGAUUUUGAACACUAAAUGCUGGCACUGAUGAUCACAGGUGAAGCAGAACAUUUUCUGGCCACCACUGGGCAGAAGCUAUUAUGAUUCAGGAGUAGGAGUUUUCUUAAUGUUAGCAAGUUUAUAAAGAUCACGUUUUUAAAAAAUAAUGUUUUUCUUAACAUCCCUAUAUAUAGUAAUAUAUGUAAAUAUGAUAAAUACCAUGUAUAAUUGAGAAGACUAUGUACAGAGCAGCCUUUCCAUAAGUUGCCUGAGUGAAAAGCUACUCCACACGGGGUUAAAGCACGCUGGUGACUGAUGUCAGGUAUCGACCCCCAUUUUUAUUUACCUCUUUUUCAUUCUGUGGAGAUGACAAGAGUCCAGCUCUAUUUCUUCAAUGUGAGGGGCAGGAAGCCACCCAGGGGCCUCUGGGAGUUUGGGACAGUGAAGACCACCCUCCAUCUAAACUACCCAGGGGCCAGAGCUCACUUCUCCAAUAAUAGUUGCCACUGCCCACCAGGGUAGACUUAGCAGGAAGAAACUGGAUGCACAGAAGGGCAGGCUGCCAUUUAAUAGAAAUGAGAAACAACAACACACAGAAGGUAAGUCACAUUUUCCAUAAGCACAGGUCCCCCAACAGCCCCAGAAUAAACUGCUACCUCCCCUUUCUUCCUUCUCCCAUUCUAUACACUCACACACACGCACACACCCAAUACAUGUAUACAUGCACAUUUCCCACAAUCUGUCUGAUUAAAAAAAAACACCUAUUUGUCCCUUCACCAGGGGUUUUGACCCAGUUGCAUUAACUGUUGUCAGUGUUUACAUAUAAGGGACCACCUCAACUCUGCCUCUGUUUCCUUCACAGGUUUGGGGGAAAAAAAUCCAUUCAUUGGUUUGAAUUGCAUCCAUUGUCAAAUCUUUGAUUUGGGUUUCCUUGAGUGCAGGACUCUUUAAUUUAUGCUUCCCUGAAUCUCGGCAGUGUCUGAAGAUGAUGGUGUGGGUGUGAGGUUUCUUGUACAUAUUUAGCACAGCACCUAGACUAUAAAGUUGUAGUCUUGUUCUGUAAAGAGGGUGAGAUAGAACUUGCUGUAAAGCGUGGGGAGAAGUACAGUAUUGUAUUUGUAACCAUCGUUUCUUUGUAUACACUAAACUUAAUGAUCUCUAUAUAUAAAAUAUAAAUAUAUAUAUAAAUAAAUAUAUAUAUAAAUAUAUAUAUAUAUAUAUAUAUAAAAGAUGUGUGUGAGCCUGGAAUGUUGAUGAUACUGCACAUUUAUUGAAUGUAAUUCCUCUGACAUUUUUGGUCACAGGUCUCUGGACCCCUCCCUGUACACACAGCAGCAGUGGCUUGAUUUUUUUGGGUUGUGUGAUGUAUUUACUGUGCUACUUUCCCUUAUUUAAAUGAGCGCUGAUGUCUGUAAGAUUUGCAAUGACAAUAAAAAAAAAACACCUUAACAUA